AUGUACGCGCAAACACCUCCACUCGGCCAAGAUGUUCUCAGACUCAGACACUCGUCGGAACAUGGGGAGAUUCCAAGACAUGCGUUCCAUCGAGGCCGUGAUGUGGAACGGUAUGCCAUGAAUAAAGAUGACUUUACAGCUGCUUCUAUGGGUAAGUUCAGUGAAUGUUUGUUCCGCAGCGGCAGAAACAAAUCAGUAUCCAGACCUCUGACCUUCAAGAGCGACUUAUCAGUGCAUGCAGGCGACAGUCCCCGGUACGGGUCGACAUCGUCGCUACCAGCCUUCACAAGAACUACUUCGUACCUCCGGCGAAACUCGCCUUCUGCAAACAUCAAGUCCUCCAAAAGCCAGUAUGAAAAAGUCGCAGACAAGGGGCUCGUGUACCAGUUUCUAAAUGUCGAAGAUGGUAGUGCAGCAAAGCCAGAGGCCCAAGUCCUGCAUUCGUCGCAACCAUCAAUUACAUCACUGUCGUCGCAGGAUGAGCGGCUUCCACGAUUAGUGCUGUGCGAUUUGAAGGACGCAAGUACAGUUCAAGAGGGUACAACUCGCGGCUUCAGCACUUCAAGCCCCAGUUCCAGGCCCAAUUGCACACCGGGUCUAACCUUGGCUGACGAAAUAUCAAAAUUCGACAAUUGCAUUCGAGGCACCCUGACCGAACUUGCAACCAAAGAACUGGCCAUGAAGCAGGCUUCGGAAGAGCUGGAAUCGUUACAAAAGGACAUACACAGGACUCAAGAAACCAUCAAACAAAUUCAGUCCCAGUUGGCUUACCAAGACAUCAAAAAAGUACAGUGCGCGUUCGACACAGAAAACAAUGCCUCUUUCAUCUCCAGAUUUACUAACAACAUACAAUCCUAUAGCGAAGAACUAGCGGCAUUUGAGAGACACAUCGGCAAGUGCAAGGUCGAAUUGACAAACCAUAAGGCUACCGUGCACAAGUUCGAAACGACCAUCAAACUCAAUGAAAUGUUGCGGGACUGUCAAGACAGUAUGUGCGUGAUAGAUCGACUACGAGAAUAUAAAGGCAUUCUAACGGAUCUUUUCGCUUUGGUUUUGAUUGUCGUUCUCUCAAUUCUGCUCAAAAAAUUCCUGAUCCACAGGAAAGGAAGCUAA